AUGACGGAUUAUGAAACGCGUAGAUUGGAGAAUAUCAAGCGCAACCAGGCUUUGAUCAACGAACUUGGAAUCGAGAAGGUCAAGCAAGAAACCUCGACCAAGCGACCACCCCCAAAGAAGCGCAAGCUCUCACCUUCAUCCACACGACCUACACGCGUUUCGGCGCGUAUUGCUUCGACAGACCGUCCUAUCUACAACGAUGAACCAUCAAUCACCCACGAUACAUCGAAGUCGGCGCGAAGAGGUGGAACAAAGAAAGCACAGAGCGUGAUAGCAGACGCUGUCGAGACCAAAGCCCAGUCACCUCCACCAGAUCUCGAAGACAUACGAAGAGGCUGGACAUCUUGGGAAUCAGUUGCGCCCCCACCCACACGGGAUGGUGAUGGUACCUUUCACUUCGAGGGCCACCCGACCUUCUUACCGAACAAGUCACCUGUCGAGAUGCUUACAGAAGGCGCCUUCGGAGGCUCCUACUAUCGGCCGCUGUACUCCAAGAGCCUACGCACUACGAUAGAAGACGACUGGAAAGAGCUUCCUGCAGAUUGGCUCAAAGACUUGAGCGUCGAGAGAUAUCUCACCAGUCCAGACUACGAUCCUGAAAUCAACAAGUUCAGGGUCAAGUGUGGACAGAGCAUUGAGGAGUGGGAGGCCGCUGGUUGGAUAGCGCACGCCUACGAUGUACGAGGCUGGUUCCAAUGGUACACGCGAUUCUGGCAAGGACGUCGUUGCGACGACGAUGACAGACAGAUUGGCAGAUGGGAACGCUGCGUUGGCGAGAGAGGGCGCUGGCGACGGAUGCUGCUGAAGAGGUAUCUACAGGCUGGAGUCAAGGAAGUCGCGGAUGAAGGCGUUGACGAGGAAGAAGUCUCGCCAGUCAUGCACCAGACUUGCCACCAGUGGGCUUGGGAGGUUCGCCAGCCAUCUCUCGAUGAAGCAUGGGCUGGCCACCUAUAG